CGGCAUACAAACAUGCUGAUGGAAAGAAGAUUGACAAUCGCAGAGUGUUAGUAGAUGUAGAGCGAGCUCGCACUGUGAAGGGAUGGCUGCCACGUCGGUUAGGUGGAGGUCUUGGUGGAACGAGACGUGGAGGUCCAGACGUCAACAUAAAGCAUUCAGGCCGGGAAGAUGAUAGAAGGCGUGGUGGUGGACGGGAUGAAGAACGCAUGGAAAGUGCAGAUAGAGACCGUGAGAGAGAUAGAGACCGUGAACGUGGUUCAGAAAGAAGGCGUUCCAGAAGUAGAGACAGAGAUCGUGACCGUGAAAGGCGCAGGAGGUCACGAAGCCGUGAUCGUAAGAGGAGACGCUCCCGAUCCCGAGAGAGAGGAAUGCCAGAGGAAGGAGAAGAGAGGGAGAAGCGCCGCCACAGGUCUCGGUCCAGGGAUCGCAAACGUCGCUCAAGGUCACGUGACAGGAAGCAUCGUAGGGACAGGGACCGUGAGAGGAGGGAGCGGGUGCCUGGUGAAGAAGUUGAGGAAGGUGUUGUCAAAAUCAAGCAAGAACCAGAGGAUGAUUAUCCAGAUUAUGGCAGUAACUAUUACAAUAAUUACCCCAUGAAAGAUGAAGAAGAGAGGGCCAAGAAUGGAACCAAGUAUGAGGAGGAGGAAGAGGCCAACAAUGAAAUUGACUAUUAGGCUGGAAAUGUUUGUGAUGUGGAUUUAGGUUUGAUUGCAGAGAUGGAGUGAUAAACACUUUGAACUAAGAAAGUUACUUGUAUACACUGAUGAAAUUGGCUAGGCAUGAAUAUUCACUUUGGAGAGGUUGUAACCUCCUUGUUUGAUUACCAAAAAAAAGAAAAAAGAAAAAAAAGAAUUGUUUACAAGUAUACUGUGUUAUGAAUAUUCAUAGGGUGCUGAUUUCCCCCCCUACAUGUACAGGGUAGAUAAAUAUUUAUGGAGAGAUUGUAAUGUAUAUUUACAUUACAAAAAGGUUUAGAUAGCAAAAAGAUGAUUUUUACUGGAUCUCUUCCCCCCUCCCUCUCCGAUCCAAUUGCAUUUGACAAUAGCACAUUGUAGACAUUUUUUAUAUUCUCAUUGGAAAAUGAUGAUUAGAUAACUGUGUCAAUAGCUAUGUUGUAUUUGUGUAACUAAAGUGUACAAACUUUUGACAAAUGAGUAAAAAUGUAUCUAGUGCACAAUAUGUGCUUUUAAAGGAUUAUCUGUAGUACACAAGACUGACAUGGUUCCAUCAGUGUUUUUUAAGAACAAUGCAAAAUAUAUGGCUUGUGUAGGAUUGAUGGAUUGUGUCUCCAGCGUUUAAUUUCUGAUUACAUCACUUCAAAUGUGAUGGAUAGCUUAGGCACAGAUGAGCUGAGGUACAAAUCCAAUACUGCUUUUAUGAAGCUCAUCAGUCCAUAUUAACAUUAGUCAGAAUUUAGGCCUUCCAUAGAAUAAAGAUGCUAAAGUCUUCUGGAUUAAUGUAGGAAAUGGUGAAAGCAGACUUAGUUAUUAAGCAUUUUAUUUUGUUAUUACUUCUAUCCUUCUUCAUUUUACUUCUUAGACUGGAAAAUUGUAUAGGGAAUUUAAACAAGUUUAUGAUUUUAUUCAUUAUAGAUACUGAUCAUUUCCAUCAAGAAACUGAAAAAAUACAAUUUUUAUUAUUGAAUAAACAACAAAAAGAAAAGCCAAGAUGUUUGAUAACCUAUCUAAAUAACAAUAUCUCUUGUGUAUUUCUUUUCUACAGUACCAAGGAAACUAAAGGCACAUAUUGAAGUGAAUGUUAUCAUCAAUGUUGCCAGGUCAUUUAUGAAUGAUGUCUGGUAGAUAGUACCUGUGUUGCUGUACAUUUGUAUAACUGGUGAAAGAUAUUGGUUGUCCUUCAUAAUAAAACAAGCUUUCCAACAGAUAGGAAAACAUGACUAGGGUACAGUGACAUUAUGUAAUUAAGUACUUAGGGCACUUAAUUUGAAGAUUAUGCUUAAUUUUAAGUUCUCAUUUGUCAAAUAAAGUGUCAUCAUAGA